UAUUAGAGCCAGAGUUACAACCAAGGAACUGAUAUAUCCUGAGCCACAACCAGAACCAAUGGCUGAAUCCUCAUCAUUCAGUGAAGUUUCCUUCUCAGAUUCUGAUUGGGGUAUUGAUAAUGAAGGACCAAUCUUGGAACAGAGUGAAAGUUUACUGGCUGCUUCAUUGAAUCUGGCUGCUAUGCCAAGAUUACCUCAGGUGCGAGUGCCUGCUGGUCUUGAGGUGCCUAAGUACAUGGAGGAGAAUCGACCAAUCAAAUUGGAAUAUACCGUCAAGGUUGAAAAGAUCUAUAAAGGAGAUGAUCUACUGAUGCCCAAGUCUAUUGCUAAGAUUGCUUCAGCAGCCAUUGAUGCAGCAUGCGGAGUCACAGACUUAGAAGUGGGACAGGUCUACAUUUUAGCAGGAACCUUUUACAAUGCUGAGCUAAGAAUUUCAUCGUGCAACUGGAAGGAGGGAUACAAGAACAUUACAAAGAGACAAAGACAAGGAAUCAAACACAACUACAAACUUCAAUGUGGAAAAUGUGAAAUUUCACCUUGCUACGGUCGUUACUGCCCGACUGAACCUGUACCAGGUGUGUGUAUGUGGGACUUGGCUCACCUUAGGGAUGAUUGUGAGAGUGAAUAUGCUUACUGCUCACCAGAUGCAAGUGGACAGUGUUUCUGGAAUGGAAAGACAGACAUGCGCCGAUGCAUGAGGAGACGAGCUAAGGGAAGGACACAGAGCAGAGGAUUUAUGCCAUAAACCACCAACAGAGGGCACCCUCUUUUUACCCAUCAUGCCUGAUUCUCUUCAUCAUGCUGGAGUGAAGUGCUCUUUGUGUACAAUGUACAUAAUCUACUAUUCAUGGACACUCCCCUUUGAAGAUUUCAGUGUUUGUCAUCAUCUCUAACAAUCAACUUUUAAACUGUUAAUUUCUUGAUAAUCAUUAAAUAAACCAUUUUAUUUUUGAGACACACACACACAAAAUCAAAACUGGGAGAUCGACAACCAUUCAGAAAAAAAAAUAUUUGAAUUAUUUUUAUGUGAAAAGUGCUAAAAUUACCUGUCGUGAACUAGAACUAGAAGAGUGUGAACUCCUUGAAAGCAUUAACACCCCUUUUUACCCUAUUGUACAUCAUAUUUCUAAUUGCACAGAAUAAAUUAACAUGGAAUCAGUGAAAGACUUUUGGUUAUUCUUUAACAAAUUAAGGUACUGUAUAUUUUGUGAAAAGGUAUUAUUAGACUUUAAAGUAUAGAUGUCAUAAAUGUCAUUUGAUUUUUUUGUUGACUUGCUCUCAAUCAAACAGACAUAAAGAAAGGAAAAAAGGGUUUAAUACAACUUUAAACGUAGCAUGCUCAUAAUUUUUCUAUACUACAAUGAUGUUCAACUUCAGAAAGGAAUUCUCUUAUUGGAAAUUUCAAAUUUAUUUUUCAUAACCCCUCAUAUUUUGGGGUUUAAUCAAAUAUUAAUCUACAAGAUUUUUCACAUUUUUAUAUUGAUUUCUUAACAUCAAAGUACAAGCAUGGUCUUCCUAAAAUAAAAGAAAUGAGGUCUGAAUGAAAAUUCAGAAAUAUUUAUGUUUUGUCAAGAAUAAAAAGUUCUUUACAUUAUUAUUAAACUUUAACUGAAAUUAUAAUAUGACUAUAAGUUUAUUUAUAUGAUAACCAUUUUAUGAAGAACUGUAAUAAAAUGCUGUACAAAACUAUUAGCAUAUACACUCUAAAAACAAAAUAAGAAAGACAUCAUUUUAGAACCAAUCAUUAUGUUGAAUAAGGAACAAAAGGUGGUAAUACCUUUUUUUAGUUUAAAAAGAAAUUUAUACUUUUAGGCCAUUUUAUAUGAUGAUUUCACAUUUAAUUUUUAGAGUGUGUGGGUAUAAUGUUAAAUCUCAUUUUAACCAAUAUCUUCCUAUCUGAUAUUCAAAUGUAGGCCUACUUCAAAUAAAGAAGAAAAAAAAAUCAAAUGUUAGUAUUAAUUAAAAUUUAUUGAACAGUGUGAAUAUAAACAAAGGCUGCCUCUGCUGUUGUUCUUCCUUUUGAUGUCUACUUUUUGUUGUAAAUAUUACUUAUUUUAUUUCUUUGGUAUGUUUAUUGAAUAUUCUUUUGAUGUAAAUCACAGUGUUUCGUUCAUCUAGAGUAUAAUUUUUUGUCUUCCAUAAAACUGUUCAGUCUUUGAUUAAUGCAAAAUUGAUUGCAAGAAAAACAAGAAGAAUUUAACGAGCUGAUGAGCAUCAUAUGAAAGGUAGUACAUGUAUAUAUUCUAAAUAAUUUGUGAUGUUCAUAGUAAUGUGUAUAUUUCAUAUGAAUAACCACCAUUUAAAAAAAACCAGUGUGUACAUUGUAUAUCAUGAUAGGAUAAAUAGCUCUCAUCUUCAUGUGCUAAUUUAAAAAAAAUGAUCAAAGCUAAAAGUGAAAAACAAAAUAGAAUUUAUUUGGCUGAAUGAUCAUCUUGUAUAAAUUAUACUUCAUCUCUUCAUACCUACCUCUAUCGACCUCUGUGAAAAUUAAGGAAAACCCUUUUUAGUUGUCUUAUUCUUCAAAUGUGUUGCUUUUCCUUUUCCUGUUUGUGCACAUCUCCAAUUUUGAAUGCAUAUUCUAUGUUAUUCACUCAUAUACUUUUAAGAAUAAUAUUCAUAUUUAUAACAAUAGAAUGAGCUAAUUCAAUCUGGUUGGCAUUUAUUAAGAUAGUAAGAGGCAAGUUAAUAUAUAUUUCUUAUUAACCCCAGAGAACUGAUAAGUGGAUUAUAUAUGUGAAAAUGGCUGAAUUUCAUUGAAUGUUUUGCCAAGUAACCAAUGUGUCUAUAUUUGUCUCAUUCAACUUUGUCAAUGUCUUGCUUGCUCUAAAAAUAUUCAAUUAAACUAAAUGUUCUUUGAUA